GGAAAGGGUUAGGGUUUCAGUCCAGCCCCCUGUCCAGUCCCUCCUCCUGGUCUCUGCUGCAAAAGAGGGGGAGGGAGACACAAUGUUACAGCUACCAUAGAGGAAACGGAAUAGACGAAACAGACUAAAGUCAUUUCAAAACUCCGGGGCCGUGCCGAAGCUCCACUCCCUGUGUGUUUUCAGCCACGCUAUCUUUCUUUAAAACCCCCGUCAGCUGCUUAUUUCCCUCCUGUUUGCUCUUUCUUCUCCUUUCUCCCUUUGUUACCACCCUAACCACCAGGAGAAGAUCUCUUCAACAAAGAGGAGAUGCCCCCACAGCCACAGGUGAAGAGAAGUUUCCUGGAAUUCCUCAAGAGCUUUGUCGGGAUUGUACGGGUCCUCCAGAUCCUGCUUGGAGCUGGGCUUUGGGUGACCAUCGCAGCCAACAAGUAUGAGGGCUCCAUUCACUUUGUACUCUUCGUGGCUGUUUUCUUCUGGCUCCUGACGUUAGCCAUUUUUCUCAUUACUCUACUGGACAAACAAGACCUUGUUCCCAUCGUAGGAGGAGAACGCUGGUUGUUAAGCAAUGUGAUUCAUGAUGUUGCCGCUUUUCUGCUGUAUCUGUCUGCGAUUGGAAUCAUGAUCUACAAAACCGACAAGAACUCCUACUGUAACCUAGACAUCUACAAACAUCACUGCUUGUACAAGGUCUACCUCACCGCCUUGGUCUUCGCCUGCCUCACUGCUAGCGUCUAUCUGCCCUCGGCUAUCUACGGCUGCUGCAGGAAAUGUCGAGGUGAACAGGCUGUCGUGUGAAAAUCCCAGGCAGCAGACAGUUAGAGACAGCAGCAUUCCUCACAUGAAACCUUGUCACGGAGAGAUGGAGGGGUCUUUUGUUCUGGUUGAAUUCGGCAAUUGUUUGGAGAUUAGAAAACAAUUUCUUCAAAGCAAGAACAUAACAUCUUAACAGCUAUCUUAUUUUCCAGUAAAGAUAUCUACACAUCCUUAAAACAAGAUCAAUUCACUUGAGAAAUAAGAAUUUAGUCAAAUAAACAAAGACUUGUUUUCAAAUAAGGUAUCUCAAAUGAUCUUCAAUCUUGAAUAAACACCUCACAUACUGUAAUUUCUUUAGAUUUAUGCUUAAAAAAAGAAUACAACUAUUUGCCAAUGGGGUAAGAAAAUGUACUUAAUUGAAGAUCUCUUAAAAUCUUAAACAAUUUAGUUUCUCAAGGACAUUUCUCUUGUUUUAAGGAUGUUUAGAUAUGUUUAAUGGAAAGCAAGACAAAAACACUAAUUGAUAAUUUUUUGUAAGUUUUUUCUCUUGAAGCAGAGGGUUUGAUCCCUUAUCUCAGGCUUUCAGGGUUGUUUGUUGCUUUUUAUACAUUUUUAAAUAAUUUAAAGAGCUUUAUACCUUCUGAAGUCAUGCAUAGAAGUGUAUUUGACACUUUUUGGAUGUUUUUUGUGCUUUCAGGUUUUUAUAUAAUUUUAAUCAAUGUAAAGUUUUAUUUUUUGUAUUUUAUACCUUGCAACUUUGUAGCAUCAUGUUUUCAUCAUCAUAUCUCCACUUGAUUAGCAUUUAAAAGAGGUAAAAUAUACAUAUAAUACAGUUUUGAUGCACAGAGUGUAAUGUGUAUCCAUCAAACAGGUAAUAAAAAAGACAGAAAACAAGGAGCACAUCAAAAUGUAAUCUCUGUGUUUGUAUUUCUAUUAUGUUAAAAGCUGAAGUAUUUAAUGUUUUUUCUAACCCAGCUUAAUAUGAAAAGACAACUAUUAAUAAGCCAUUUGUGGGUUGAUUUCCACAAAAAGUGUAAACACUGUGGCUAUGUUGGUGGCUAUGUUGC